CAGACAACCAGACAACCAGACAACCAGACAACCAGACAACCACACAACAUGGCUGCUGCAAAGACACGCGACACCACCGCCCCUGCUGCCUCGGUCGAUUCCACCAAGGCAACGACCAAGGCGACCCCUAAAGCUAAAUCCAAAUCGGCCACUGCCCAGACAAAGACCCCCGCUCACAAGAAGGAUGCUGAGCACCCUCCUUACAAGGAGAUGAUCAUCGCCGCGCUUCUCCAUCUCAAGGAGCGUAAUGGCUCGUCCCGCCAAGCUUUGAAAAAGUACAUCCAUGGAAAUUACAAGGUCGGUGACGGUUCCGAUGUCCACCUCAACGCCGCUAUCAAGCGCGGUGUCGAGAGCGGUGACUUUACGCAACCCAAGGGCAAAUCUGGUCCUGUCAAGCUGGCAAAGAAGGAACCCAAGAAGAAGGACGUCAAGGAAAAAAAGGAGUCCAAGGAAAAGAAAGUGCUCAAGGAAAAGAAAGAGGUCAAGGAGAAGAAGGAGAAGAAGGAAAAGAAGGAAAAGAAGCUUACUGUUCCCAAGAAGGACGCUGCUGCGACCAAAAAGACCGCCACUGCCACUAAGAAGGCCACCGUCAAGAAGGAUAGCACCAAGAAGGUUGCCCCAAAGAAGGCUACCGCUGCAAAGGAACCCAAGGCCAAGAAGACUAGCACCAAGAAAGCCGCCAAGGGGGACGCUGUCGCAGCAGGAGCAGAUGUAAAGUCCCAAUAAGUAGCCGGCCUCUGUUUUUCUUCACCCAGCUCUCUUUUAUCUGUUCUUUCCUUCCUGCUCCUUUUCGCUUCAUCCAACUGAUAACAAUCCAAUGAUCCAAUGCAUGCAUGCAUGUGCACUCUUGUAAAUAAAUAAAUUCGCGUUAUAUUUUC